GUCACAACUACUUUCUAAAUGCGCAAUGAUGACAAACUGCUCGGCAACAGUGGAGUGAAGUGUUGGAUGUGGGUUCGAUCUGGCAAUCGCAGACACGUGCUCGUUCACGUGCCACAUUGUUGGACGUGAAGUUUCUUGUUUGUAUCGUUGAGCAUGCGACCCCUGUCUGAUGUGUUCGUGUUGAUAGAUUUUUAAUUCAAAUAUCAAGUAUACAAUGUUCGAUGUCAAUAGCUGCCUGAGGAAAACGACGAGUCCCUAUGCAAGAAGAAAUUCCAUGAACAGGCGCAGCCAAAUCUGAAAUUCUGAUGCAGCGCGUCGCGUCGCGUUUGGUGCUGAAACCAUCUGAGGAAAACGAGGAGUCCCUAUGCACGAAAAAAUUCCAUGAACAGGCGCAGCCCAAUCUGAAAUUCUGACGCAUCGCGUCGCGUUCAAUGUUGAAACAAAUGAGCUGUUGCAUGUUUGUCCUAAAAUAUUUGGACUUAUGGAGGACGACAAUCCGACUAAUUAAGCUUUCCACUGUCGUGCAGGGAAAAGUCCGGGUGCCCCGCGUGAUGUGCUAUUAUCCGUUGACAAAAUAUACGGUCUGUGGAUGCACUUCCUUUGUAUACCUUGCUUUGAUGGGGCAACACGCUGUGGUCCACGGAGUGAAAGGGAAAGGCUCAGUACUUGUAUCUCUCUUCCUCACUACUGUCUUCCAGACAAACUUUCGCCAUCUAACUCGAGUACUCACUCUUAUCUACCUUUUCUUCUGUUACGCGCUAGGGCCUACCGCCACCGAAACACUCUCCAUCGUCAUGAACAGCAACGCUUUCAACCCGAACGGCACACUCCCCACACAGAACGUUCCUGGGCCAUCUCUUGAUGCGCUCAGAGGCAUGGCAAAUGAGGCGGCGGGGAUACCUGCGAGAUAUCAACCUCCAGGUCUGGCUCAGACAUGGAAUCCCAGACUUCCUCCGCCUCCCAUCCCUCAAGGUUACAUGUAUCCAUUGCCAGCUUACGGCCACAACUUACCCAUACCAAAUUAUUACGGCGGCUACUUCGGAACCCAAGCUCCUCUCAUGCAAGCCCCCCCUGCACCUGCCGUGCAGGUCCCGCUUCAGCAAGAGGAGCAGGUGUUGCCGAAUGCUGCACCAAUACCGCAAGUACCUUCUGUAGCCACAGUGGAGGGGGGUUCAACGCGGAGGUCGAAGAGGAAGGCAGUUGAUGAUGGUAACACGACAGCGCCUAAACGUUUCCGACCUCAAGACGAUCCCGAUUUCGCACCCGCGCAGCCGGACGACAAGGGAAAUGCGAAAUGGAAAUGUCUCAAGGAGGCAUGUGCAAGUGCCCCUACAAUGCUGGAGGUCAGCGUACAUCAACAUGUGAAGUACGCAAAGACGCACCGGAAAGAUUCUGAGAGACUCGAAUCCGGUUGUCCAUGCCCGACAUGUGGCUUCGUCCUCUCGCGCCCGGAUGCACUGAAGAGGCAUCAAGGCUCCACGAAGUGCAUCAAAAACCAGGCAAAGACUGUUGGGGGUAGCACGUUUGGCGCUACGGCCUCGGUCGCGAUGCCUCAGCAGCAAUUCGAUUUCGGAGUUCAAGUUCCUGCAUGGAGCUCGGUGACCCAAAAAUCCAGUGUGCGGGCCACACGAACUGAGCCAAGCUCGACGGAAGCUCCAGCUCUCCCCGCCCCGUUCAAACCAACCUCUGUGCAGCAGCAGCCGGCUGUCGCACCUCCAGUACAGGCCUUCCGGGGUACCAUGGAGCAGAUUUGCUCUCCUAUCCCCGCAUCUGCACCCAAAGCACAACCCAUGCAGCCGCUGUCUGGCCACACUAUACCUGUCAUCGCGGGAGACCUGUCAUUGUCGAUGUUCAACAAGACUGCUGCUCCCGCUUUGCCGUCACCUCUUUCCCUGUCUGAGGAUGCAAAGGAUGAUGAUUCACUAUCUGGCUUAUUUUCAGAGCCAUCAUCCCCCGCCCCAGAUGGGAUGAUUUAGACUUUUCUUCACAUUUACUCGCAUGACAUUUCAUUUGUCUAUACUCCCUGUGUUCAUCGGAUCAUACAGUACCAGCGUGCUUCACUUAUUCGUCAUUUAUUUUGGACUAGACACGAGUUCCUAUACCCACCAGGAAUAUUAUACCCUAUGUAACAAUACUAUAUAUAGCCUUGAUGCGGC